GACGAAUGCUGCAGGGAUUCAUGGCAGUCAAACGACACGUCAAGUGACACGACAAUGCCGCUCAAAGGCGCAAGGACUUCCUAAGUAAAAGAUGGCACUACUCGGAGGCGCGCUGAAUGGGGCUGACGUACCGAACGAGAACCCGAGACAGAUGCAGUCGACGGUGAACUAGCAAAUUCAAUGAGAAUAAUACCACGUCUUUGAGGCUCACUCGUUGGGAAAAUCUUGCCAAAGAGCUUGCACGGGCUACCAUUAUCCAGUAAACUUCCCUCAGUCGGCUCCACCAUUCAGUGUAGCCCAUCAACCACACAACAUGUCUAGACAUGCCGAGUCUGAUGCAUGAUGCCUAGCAGCCCAGUCGUACUAUGUAUGCGCGAUGAGCGUCCUUCAAGUUCACUGGCACUUUCCGAAUCAACGAGAAACACGCGAAGCGGCCACUCACAAAGCGACCCCGGGCCUGCGGCUCUGGGCUCCGGCUCCCACAGACGUGAGUGUACGAAUCAAGUGUCCAAAGCACGAGUGAUGUCCGGAUUCCGGAGUGACUGACCACGAGUGCAUGCCAUUGAGACCUGGAUCAGGGACUUAAGUUUAGCAGCGACGGCGAGUCGUACUUGGCGAAUAGCU